AUGCACUCCACUCUCAAGUCCCCCCCUCCUCCGCUCUUCUAUCCCUUUCCUUUCUUUUGCUUCUUUUCUACCCCUUUCAUUCCUUCCACUACCUCUCUGCUAAUCGAGUUCUACUCGUCAGUAGGCCUUCCCCCUACCUUCCCCAGUCCUAUUGCGACCUCCUCGAGGUCUAAUCAAGCGCUUUUUGUACUUCUUGCAGGAGCUCCAAAGACCAGAUCCUCGCCAUCUUCGCCUGUCCCACCGGCGAUUCCGCUUGUCGAUGGCGAAUGCCGCGUUGAUAGAAGCUUCUUCACCGCGCACCCGGCUUGUUCAAACGCCUCACUGGUCAACAUCAGUGUUCUCGUACUCGCCGCACUCACUCAGCAUGUCCACCUCGUCGAGACCCCCCGCUCGCUGCUCGAGACGCCGAGCACGAUCUCUCUACGCACUUACGACGACGCUGACGUGCCGCUUGACGGCACAUCGAAGCCGGUGGGGGGAAUUCUUGUCAAAAUGUGUCCAGCGACCCUCCCACGACGCCGGGAGCUUGUCCCGCGACCAGGCAGAGGACGAACGGCGGCAUUCACGGACGUCGACAUCGACCUCGACGAUGCCAAAACCAAGCUCAGAUCGCCCCUGACGAUAUCUCGACGCGCGCGCCACUCGCCGCGUAGAUAUACUCGCUGCUGCUCCCUCACGCCGUGUGGCGGCACGGCACGGUUUCUCGGGACGAAGUCGACACUCUCGCCGUCCCCAUGCCGCUCGCCGACAUUCUGCCAGGGUCGUGCGACGCUCCAACACGCAUCCAGAUAA